UGCUUUUAUUUAUUUUUUAAUUUUUAGGUGUAUGCGGAGCUAUUAGAGAUGGAAUUGUUUACGGAGGCAAUGCCUGAAGAAGAUAACUGUUGUAUUGAUGAAAAUAAUGAUGAUCCGUCGAUGUUGGACGGUGAAAGAUGUGGGAUAUGUAUGGAUGUUGUCAUUGAUAGAGGAGUUCUAGACUGCUGUCAACACUGGUUUUGUUUUACAUGCAUUGACAACUGGGCUACCAUCACAAACUUAUGCCCACUUUGCCAGAGUGAAUUUCAAUUGAUCACUUGUGUGCCUGUAUUUGAUACCAUAGGGGGCAGCCAGACUGAGGAGGAUUUAUAUACCAGAGAUGAUGAUUGGUCCAUUGAAGGGAAGACUAAUACUCUUUCAUUCCCAUCAUACUAUAUCGACGAGAAUGCAGUUGUCUGCUUGGAUGGAGAUGGCUGCAAAGUUCGGGCUGGCGCAGUUAAAAAUGAAGGAGAUCUGAAUCUUGAUACGUCAAUUGCUUGUGAUUCAUGUGAUAUAUGGUAUCAUGCCUUUUGUGUUGGAUUUGACACUGAGGACACUUCUGAAAGUUCAUGGCUAUGCCCAAGAUGUGUAGACAAGCUACCCGAAAAGUCAGAAUCUUACAAGAAGUUUGGUCCAGAAAAUGCCAGCAAUAACUGUUUGCUUGAGGCUUCCUUUUCAGGGGAAGUGUCUGUAUCUGUUGCUGAUGCUGGUGAGACGGCUGUUGUCGUCUCGAUUGUUGAGAGGAACAAACAGGAUGAAGUACCAGGGAGAAAACUUUUAAAUCUAGAUACUGAAGAGGCUAUAAAUACUGGCAUUUUGAUCCAUGAUCCUGUUCCUGAUACUCCCAGUAUAGAACUGUCCUUGCCACAAAAUGAAUGUCCAGAUUCAGCGCAGCCUUCUGCUACCCCUGUGGAUGUGAAGUCUGAUUCAUCAACGCAGUUAAUUAGUAAUGAACCGGUUCAACCAAAUCUAGAUCUUCAUCUGGGAUUGUCAGUGAACUCAUUUUCAGCAUGUAAUGUAGACGUUACAAAUGCGAAGGUAGCUGGAUAUCAAGUACCUCAAGCUGCACGACCGAAGAAUACGUCAGAAUGCCUUCCUCCAGGUGAAAAAGUGACGCUUGAUAAGAACGAGGACAAGGUUGUGGCUUCCGGUGCAAAAAGAAAGCGCAGGGAAAACAGAAAUGCUGAUGAUGGAGGCAUUAGAGCCAAAGCUGAGCCUGCCAAUUAUCCGAAGAGAGUUAAAAUCGAGGGAACCAGUGAGCAAAUUAAUACAAAGGACCAACCUCCAGUAUCUGCUUCUGACAAGUCCGAUAAACCUCGAGCAAUCACCUUGAAGGACGAGAAAAUGAAAUGUAAACCUGAAAAUAAAAAUCUUAACACUGACAUAAUGAAUAUAGUUCAAGGAACAGGUCGUAAAACUUUGAAGAAGCUUGCACAUAGCAACCAGGAUGGAAUGUCCUCUGAACUAAGAGAAAAUGCAGCUCGCUUGAGGGUUAAAAAGAUCAUGCGGAGAACUGGUGAUGAGGACUCAUCAGUGCUAGUUGAAAAUCUGAGGAAAGAAAUUAGAGAAGCUGUUCGUAACAAGUCUUAUGGGGAUAAAGGGGAAAAGCAUCUUGAUCCGAAACUUCUGACUGCUUUUAGAGCUGUUGUGACAGGAUCUACAGCUGAAACUAAGAAGCCUUCUGUGGAUCUGAAAGCAAAGAGGUCACUGUUGCAGAAGGGAAAAGUACGUGAAAACCUAACCAAAAAGAUUUAUGGUAUUGGAGGAAGACGACGGAGAGCAUGGACUCGGGAUUGUGAAGUAGAAUUCUGGAAAUACAGAUGCUCAAACAUGUCAAAGCCUGAGAAGAUUCAGACAUUGAAGUCGGUUCUUGACCUCCUGAGAGAUGAUUCUGAGAAUGCAGCAACAAAGCCUGUGAAUGAAGGGGAAGGAAGGUCUUCCAUUCUUUCAAGGCUAUAUUUAGCAGAUAAUUCGGUUUUUCCAAGAAAGGAGGAUAUCAAGCCUGCCUCUACCCGUACUGUUGUUGGAGCUGAUCAGAACAAAGAUAACGGAUUGACAUCAAGCACUUCAGCAACAUCUUUUGCUAGUCCAUCCAGUAUAGUUCCACCCGUAAAUGUGUCUUCUGUGGUGGUGGCUUCUCCUUUGGAAAUUAAGGGGGCCAAGGUAAGUGUCCCAACCACUAAGGCUGAUAUUACUAGAAUACUUUCAAUCAAAGGCACUGAUAGGCCGUCUACAUCAACAUCAAGUGGUUUGAAAUUGUGUACCAAGGAGGAAACAGCUGUAAAAUGUGAUAAUACAAGGAGCGAUAAGAGGAAGUGGGCACUAGAGGUUCUUGCAAGAAAAACAGCAGCAGCAAGCAAGAGCGGGACCCUGGAAAAUGAAGAGGACAGUGCCGUACUGAAAAAUAAUUAUCCUUUGCUAGCUCAGCUACCGAAAGACAUGCGGCCAGCUUUGGCACCCUGUCGUCAUAAUAAAAUCCCCAUGUCCGUCAGGCUGGCUCAACUUCACCGUUUCACUGAGCACCUCUUAAGGAAAACAAAUCUGUCAGUUGUUAAAAGAACAGCAGAAACAGAACUGGCAAUUGCAGACGCGGUUAAUAUUGAAAAGGAGGUUGCUGAUAGGUCUAAUAGCAAACUAGUAUAUGUAAAUCUCUGCUCACAAGAACUGCGCAGAUCAGACAAUGCCAGUCAUGUUGGUGUUGCAGAGCCAAAUCCUUGCCAAACAUCAGAAGUUCUAACUAACUCAUCAGAAGAAUUAAGCGACGCCCAUUCUUCUGAUCCAGCAGUCAAUGAAGCGCUAAGAAAUGCAGGACUUUUGUCCGAUUCACCUCCAAAUAGUCCAAGUUGCCCCUUGGAGGAAGUCAAAGAGGAAAUUUGCAUAUCAAAAGAAGUUGAAGAUGACGGGCCAGAGAAUGUGUUUGAAGUGGAUGCUCCUCCAGAACUUGAUAUAUAUGGGGAUUUUGAAUAUAGUUUGGAGGAUGAUGACUUUUCUGGUGCUGGAACUUCAAUGAUCUCUGCGCUGCAGCCAGAAGAAUCUAAAAUGAAACUUGUCUUCUCCACAAUCUACCCUGUGGGAUCUGAUGGUUCUAUGGAACUUCAAAAUCACGAAAAACAGGACAUUCCUGACAUCCUGUAGACACAUCUUCCUUGAGUGGAUGUGAAACAAGUGGUGGGGUUGGAAGCUCAACUGCAGCUGAGCAGACUGAAAAUUGCCUUGAUCAUAGUUCCCUGGCAGUCGAUGAAGAGUCUAUUGUAGACUGUGAAGAGUUGUAUGGACCAGAUAAAGAGCCGCUGAUUCAGAAGUAUCCUGAGAUGGCAU